CAGUUGUCUAAUGCGGUCAAGAGUAAGAUCUUCCGGAAGACCACUGCACUAGAGGCAAACAUGUGGACAUAUCAGCAUCGCCCAAAGGUGAUGCUAGUAGCGAUUGUUCCAGUUCUUGUACUGACGCUCUUUUUCAUACAGUAUCAACCCAGUAUCGUAUGUCAAAAUUGCCAGUAUGCACCGAUUGGUCACAUCCAGUCUGGUGAAGGGACAGAUGUUCUCAAGUGUAUGACCAUAGGUCACUGGAAGACCAGACCAUUGUCCAACGAGGAGAAGAAAAAGAUGUACGAUUUUCGUGAGAGUAAUCACGCUCGGUUCGCCUUCCCCCCGAACUUUCAACGCAAAGAUGGCCGCUGCGGAAACUUGACGUAUGAAAACGUCAUCUAUUUCCGAGCGUUAUGUAACCCGCGAGGAAAAACUCCCUGCUGUUUUCACAAUUCCUGCCAAAUGAAACCAGAAAAGGAGUGUGUUUGUGAAGACUGCUAUGAUCUAAGACAAGAGAAGUAUGCUGAAUUUUCCUCGUGGGUUCCGUCAGAUUCCCGAUGUUCGUAUCGUGAGUUCUCGCGAGAAGAUGCAUGUCAACUUCUCAAAGGAAGUACGCUGCAUUUUGUUGGCGAUUCCCUGGUCCGUCACAUCUACACUGCAAUGUUACUGGUUCUUACAGGGGAUUAUGACUAUGGGGCGCUUGUAUCAAGCGCAUCCGAUGCAACAAGAAAAGCUUGCAAAGGAAUCUACAUGUUCACAGAAAAAUUCUGCCGUCUCAGUCUAAGUUACGACACGAAAAUAUGCGGAGGAGAAGCGAAAGUUGUUAUGAAGUAUAUCGACUAUGCCCACAAGGGUGGUGAGUUUUUAACUCACGUAAAAACUAUCCGGUCUAAAUCGUUAAUAAUAGUCGGUAUUGGCAUUCAUAACGAUUUUGACAUCAACCUUAUUGACAAACAAUAUUUUGGUCCUGUACUGCGUGAGAUUACGCAUCGAAAUGCCACACAGCCACUGUUGCUAUGGGCCAACAUCCACGCGCCAGGGAUGUUCAAAUCCCCUGUGAUGAAGGGGCAGAUUCGUAGUGACUUUGUACGUUUUAACACUAACAUGGCCAAGUUUAUGGGUGAUAGAAAUAUUUCCGUAUUUGAAACGUUUAAUCUGACUGACGGCAUGUCCAGCUUUGAUGGAACACAUUACGGAAUGGGUAUCAAUGUUGUAAAGUCAAAUAUACUGUUGCAUUACAUUGCAGAAUUGAGACAUAAAAACAUGUGGUAAAUCAUACAUUUAUUAGUAUAUGUUAUGUAUGUCCAUUUUUUAGCUCACCUGGCCUGAAAGGCAAUGUACGCUUUUUACGUCAAACGUCAUCGGGGCAUCUUGGUCGGAAUGUCCAGCUUUGAUGGAACCCAUUACGGAAUGUGUAUCAAUGUUGUAAAGUCAAAUAUACUGUUGCAUUACAUUGCAGAAUUGAGACAUAAAAACAUGUGGUAAAUCAUACAUUUAUUAGUAUAUGUUAUGUAUGUCCAUUUUUUAGCUCACCUGGCCUGAAAGGCAAUGUACGCUUUUUACGUCAAACGUCAUCGGGGCAUCUUGGUCGGAAUGUCCAGCUUUGAUGGAACCCAUUUCGGAAUGUGUAUCAAUGUUGUAAAGUCAAAUAUACUGUUGCAUUACAUUGCAGAAUUGAGACAUAAAAACAUAUGGUAAAUCAUAUAUUUAUUAGUAUAUGUUAUGUAUGUCCAUUUUUUAGCUCAACUGGCCUGAAAGGCAAUGUACGCUGUUUACGUCAAACGUCAUCGGGGCAUCUUGGUCGGAAUGUCCAGCUUUGAUGGAACCCAUUACGGAAUGUGUAUCAAUGUUGUAAAGUCAAAUAUACUGUUGCAUUACAUUGCAGAAUUGAGACAUAAAAACAUAUGGUAAAUCAUAUAUUUAUUAGUAUAUGUUAUGUAUGUCCAUUUUUUAGCUCAACUGGCCUGAAAGGCAAUGUACGCUGUUUACGUCAAACGUCAUCGGGGCAUCUUGGUCGGAAUGUCCAGCUUUGAUGGAAUCCAUUACGGAAUGUGUAUCAAUGUUGUAAAGUCAAAUAUACUGUUGCAUUACAUUGCAGAAUUGAGACAUAAAAACAUGUGGUAAAUCAUACAUUUAUUAGUAUAUGUUAUGUAUGUCCAUUUUUUAGCUCACCUGGCCUGAAAGGCAAUGUACGCUGUUUACGUCAAACGUCAUCGGGGCAUCUUGGUCGGAAUGUCCAGCUUUGAUGGAACACAUUACGGAAUGUGUAUCAAUGUUGUAAAGUCAAAUAUACUGUUGCAUUACAUUGCAGAAUCGAGACAUAAAAAACAUGUGGUAAAUCAUAUAUUUAUUAGUAAAUGUUAUUCAUGUCCCCUUUUUAGCUCACCUGGCCUGAAAGGCAAUGUACGCUGUUUACGUCAAACGUCAUCGGGGCAUCUUGGUCGGAAUGUCCAGCUUUGAUGGAACCCAUUACGGAAUGUGUAUCAAUGUUGUAAAGUCAAAUAUACUGUUGCAUUACAUUGCAGAAUUGAGACAUAAAAACAUAUGGUAAAUCAUAUAUUUAUUAGUAUAUGUUAUGUAUGUCCAUUUUUUAGCUCAACUGGCCUGAAAGGCAAUGUACGCUGUUUACGUCAAACGUCUUCGGGGCAUCUUGGUCGGAAUGUCCAGCUUUGAUGGAACCCAUUACGGAAUGUGUAUCAAUGUUGUAAAGUCAAAUAUACUGUUGCAUUACAUUGCAGAAUUGAGACAUAAAAACAUAUGGUAAAUCAUAUAUUUAUUAGUAUAUGUUAUGUAUGUCCAUUUUUUAGCUCAACUGGCCUGAAAGGCAAUGUACGCUGUUUACGUCAAACGUCAUCGGGGCAUCUUGGUCGGAAUGUCCAGCUUUGAUGGAAUCCAUUACGGAAUGUGUAUCAAUGUUGUAAAGUCAAAUAUACUGUUGCAUUACAUUGCAGAAUUGAGACAUAAAAACAUGUGGUAAAUCAUACAUUUAUUAGUAUAUGUUAUGUAUGUCCAUUUUUUAGCUCACCUGGCCUGAAAGGCAAUGUACGCUGUUUACGUCAAACGUCAUCGGGGCAUCUUGGUCGGAAUGUCCAGCUUUGAUGGAACACAUUACGGAAUGUGUAUCAAUGUUGUAAAGUCAAAUAUACUGUUGCAUUACAUUGCAGAAUCGAGACAUAAAAAACAUGUGGUAAAUCAUAUAUUUAUUAGUAAAUGUUAUUCAUGUCCCCUUUUUAGCUCACCUGGCCUGAAAGGCAAUGUACGCUGUUUACGUCAAACGUCAUCGGGGCAUCUUGGUCGGAAUGUCCAGCUUUGAUGGAACCCAUUACGGAAUGUGUAUCAAUGUUGUAAAGUCAAAUAUACUGUUGCAUUACAUUGCAGAAUUGAGACAUAAAAACAUAUGGUAAAUCAUAUAUUUAUUAGUAUAUGUUAUGUAUGUCAAUUUUUUAGCUCAACUGGCCUGAAAGGCAAUGUACGCUGUUUACGUCAAACGUCAUCGGGGCAUCUUGGUCGGAAUGUCCAGCUUUGAUGGAACCCAUUUCGGAAUGUGUAUCAAUGUUGUAAAGUCAAAUAUACUGUUGCAUUACAUUGCAGAAUUGAGACAUAAAAACAUGUGGUAAAUCAUACAUUUAUUAGUAUAUGUUAUGUAUGUCCAUUUUUUAGCUCACCUGGCCUGAAAGGCAAUGUACGCUGUUUACGUCAAACGUCAUCGGGGCAUCUUGGUCGGAAUGUCCAGCUUUGAUGGAACACAUUACGGAAUGUGUAUCAAUGUUGUAAAGUCAAAUAUACUGUUGCAUUACAUUGCAGAAUCGAGACAUAAAAAACAUGUGGUAAAUCAUAUAUUUAUUAGUAAAUGUUAUUCAUGUCCCCUUUUUAGCUCACCUGGCCUGAAAGGCAAUGUACGCUGUUUACGUCAAACGUCAUCGGGCCAUCUUGGUCGGAAUGUCCAGCUUUGAUGGAACACAUUACGGAAUGUGUAUCAAUGUUGUAAAGUCAAAUAUACUGUUGCAUUACAUUGCAGAAUCGAGACAUAAAAAACAUGUGGUAAAUCAUAUAUUUAUUAGUAAA